CGCGGCGCCGCGGCGCUGACAUCAUUAGCGCGCGCUCCGCCCCCAGCCCUCUGGUCAUAGCCCCGCUGGCGUCCCGCUGACGUUAUUAGGGCGCGUCUCCCCGCCGCCGCCGCCUACUACGGUACGACCCAGCGCAGCCAUGUGCCAGGUUGGCGAGGACUACGGGGACCCAGCGCCCGAGGGUCCGCCGCCACCGCGGCCUGGCCAUGAGCUGAAGUGUGUGAAGUGCAAGGAAGGCCUACCCGUCGUCGUGAUCCGAGCAGGAGAUGCCUUCUGCAGGGACUGCUUCAGGGCAUUCUACAUCCACAAGUUCAGAGCCGUGCUGGGGAAGAAUCGGUUGAUCUUUCCGGGUGAAAAGGUGCUCUUGGCGUGGUCUGGGGGGCCUUCAUCCAGCUCCAUGGUCUGGCAGGUCCUUGAGGGCCUGGGCCGAGAUUCUGCCAAAAGGCUGCGUUUUGUGCCAGGGGUUGUGUACGUCGAUGAGGGCGCAGCUUGUGGCCAGAGCUGGAAGGACAGGGCAAGAACUCUGGCCGAUGUGAAGUUGAUUCUACAGACAGUUGGCUUCCCGUGGCACACUGUCGCCUUGGAAGAGGUGUUUGCCCUGCCUCCGUCUGUGCUGCGCUGCUCUGCCCAGGAGCCGGUGGGGACCAUGGGGAACUACAAGGUGGCUGUGGACAGCUUCCUCCAGCAGGAGCAUAUGCUGGGAGCUGAGGGGGUCGGGGGCAGCCCCAACUCUACCCAGGGGGAGGAGCAGCUGGGCCAGCCCUGCACCCAGGACCCCCAGCACCCGGCUGGGCCACCCCCGGCUGACCAGACCGAGGCUCUGUCCCGACUGUUUGACUCCGUGAAGACAUUGACGGCCAAAGAGGAGCUUCUGCAGACCCUGCGGACCCACCUGAUCCUGCACGUGGCCCGGACCCACGGCUACUCCAAGGUGAUGACAGGAGACAGCUGUACCCGCUUGGCCAUCAAGCUCAUGACCAGCCUGGCACUGGGGAGAGGGGCCUUUCUCGCUUGGGACACGGGCUUCUCCGACGAGCGGCACGGCGACGUGGUGGUGGUGCGGCCCAUGCGCGAGCACACGCUGAAGGAGGUCGCUUUCUACAACCGCCUGUUUGCUGUCCCCUCGGUCUUCACACCAGCCAUCGACACCAAGGCCCCCGAGAAGGCCAGCAUCCACCGGCUGAUGGAGGGCUUCUUGCUCCGGCUGCAGGCCCAGUUCCCCUCGACGGUCAGCACUGUGUACAGGACCAGUGAGAAGCUGGUCAAGGCCCCCAGGGACGGCUGUGCCGCUGGCCCCCGCUGCCUGCUCUGUAUGUGUUUGCUGGACGUCGACACCGCUGAUAGUGCCACAGCUUUCGGGGCUCAGACCCAGGAUUGCUCCCAGAUGCGGCCUCCCACCCCCCCAGCUGAGGCACCCACAGUGCCCUGCUGUUCUACAGAGGUGGGCAGGGUCCAGAACUGCUUUCGGGGGACCAAGCCAUGCGGGAGGGAGGACUCCCGAGCCCGUGUCAUCGAGCAGCUGUGCUACAGCUGCCGUGUGAAUAUGAAGGAUGUGCCCUCCUUGGACCCCCUGCCACCUUACAUCUUGGCCGAGGCCCAGCUCCGCAGCCAAAGGGCCUCGCCGGAGAUCCAGGAGUAUCUGGUGGAGAGCAGUGACGACGACGUGCACACUGGCGGGAGCGGAGCCUGGGGCCCCCCGGAGCAGGAGGGCAAGGAUGGGCAGGCAGCAUGUGAUUGAUUGUAUAAAUAAAAAUAUUUUUAAUUAA